UCCAGUUGUGAAGAUUUGAAUCCCAGUUCUGAGCUCUCGGCAAAGGCUUGCUGGGAUACCUCAUUCCCUGUCCUGUGCAAAGACCAUGUCCACUGGGUCCCUCAGUGAUGUGGAAGAUCUGCAGGAGGUGGAGAUGCUGGAGUGCGAUGGCCUGAAAAUGGAUACUAACAAAGAGUUUGGGGCGUCCACCGAGAGCAACGAGGAGGGAUCCAAUGGCGAGAAUGGCUCCCCUCAGAAAGGGAGAGGGGCCUCGGGCAAGAGGAAAAAAGCUCCCCCCAAGAAGAGCCCUUUAAAUGGAGUGAGCCAGGAGGGAAAGCAGGUCCAGAGAAAUGCUGCCAACGCCAGGGAGAGGGCGAGGAUGAGGGUCCUUAGCAAAGCCUUCUCCAGGCUUAAGACCACCUUGCCCUGGGUGCCCCCAGACACCAAGCUUUCCAAACUGGACACCUUGAGGUUGGCCUCCAGCUACAUCGCUCACCUGAGGCAGAUCCUAGCCAAUGACAAGUACGAAAAUGGCUACAUCCACCCAGUCAACCUGACUUGGCCUUUUAUGGUAGCCGGCAAACCCGAGAGUGACCUGAAAGAAGUGGUGAACACAAACCGCUUGUGCGGCCCGACGGCAUCCUGAGCCCCGGCGGCCGGGCCAGCAGCGUCCCGGCGCGGCCGGGGAGCGGGCGGCGCGGCGGGCAGGGACACGCCGCGGCCCCGCCACUGCCCCGGGCCCCGUGCAGGGCGGCGGGGAGAGCCGCUCUCCCGGCGCAGAGGAGACCAAAUGUGCCCUAGCAAAGACUCCACCCCGAGAGAUCCCGACUCUAUUUAACUUUAUUAAACGCGUGUACAGUCGAGUGUCCUGCAACAACAGCCUUGCUGGUUCAAGCGCUACUAGAGAAAAGACAGAGAUCAAACAAAACCUACCAUGCGUGUAUCUUUUGUCUGAGACCUGUGAAAUAUGUAGAUGCCUAGAAAAACUGACUUUGACAGUCAUCUCUAUGAAGUAAUUCACCCGAAAGAUAUAUAGAUAUAUUUUCUUCAAGCAGGUUCUGCUCUGUUUCUGUGAAUAAAUCUUCCUUUCCACUGAA